AACCUCAAUCCGACACUUGGGGGACAACAACGAGCCGAGUACAAUCAAUUCCCACCUCCCAGUCGCUCAGCCCCGACUGGCUCUUUUUACCACCAAUAUGGCAUCGGCCGUUCGCUCAUCGCUGUUGCGGCAGACGGCCGCCUUCGCCUCGCCGGCGACCCGAACUGGCCCGUCGUUGCUCUCCUCGACUGCCCGCCAGCAGCUCCUAAGGCCUGCGUUCAAGCCCAGCAUCACCCAGAUCACAGCCUUCCACGCCACAAGCCGGAGAAACCUGCUGCCUCCUGGCCCACAGGUGAUCAAGGGCACCGUCAACGACCCUGCCCCGAUUCCCACGCCCUCAUCCUCCCACGGCCGCUACCACUGGACCUUUGAGCGCGGCAUGGCCGCCGCCCUGGUGCCGCUCACCAUCGCCCCCUUCGCGUCCGGCUCCUUGAACCCGACCCUCGACGCCAUCCUGGUCGGAACGCUGCUCGUACACUCCCACCUCAGCGUGCAGGCCAUCAUCAUCGACUAUGUUCCCACGUGGGGCUACCCUCUGCUGCGCAAGUUCUGCACAUGGGCGCUGAACCUGGCAACGAUAUUGGUGGGAAUCGGUCUGUAUGAGUUUGAGACAACGGAUGUGGGUAUCGUCGAAGCCACCAAGAGGAUCUGGAAGGCAUGAUUAAAGGCAUUGGCAGGAUUUGGCGGUUUCGUGUAUGGUGAAUGGGGCAGUAUGAGUGUGUUGUAUGGAAGAAUGAUCGGAAUACAUGGGUCUUAGAUGAUGGCUCAAUUGAUAGCAUGAAUGUGCAUACGUGACACUAUCUUCUAGC